AUCUGUCAUGCGCAGACGGUCACUACCGUUGCUAGCUCAUUGAGACAAACACUGUCAGUUGUGACGGCCACACCGGACGGACGAGAGAAACGAUGGCGGCGCCACUGAUCAUCACGGUAUUUGGAGCAACUGGGUCGCAAGGUGGCGCUGUAGCACGUACCCUUGCAACUGAUUCCAACAUCCGGGUACGUGCGGUGACAAGUGACUCCUCACAACCGCAGCAGUUGGCUCAGAAUAACGGAAUUGAAAUUUGCCGGUGCAAUUUGAAUGACGUUUACAGUAUCAACGCGGUUCUGAACGGUACCGACGCAUGUCUCCUUGUCACCUACACCGACUUUAAAGAUCCAUCGUGCAAAGAAAAUGAAAUUCGCCAGGGACGUCUAAUAGCAGACGCAUGCGCAAUGGCUGGCGUGAAACAUGUAGUUUUCAGUACACAGUUGCACGCGAAACGCAUGCUGGGAAUUGAGGUUCGUCACCUCGACGCCAAGGCUGAGAUCGAGGAUUAUUUAUAUCAGAAGAAUAUCCCUCUGACGUGUAUCAUGGUGCCAUGCUUCUAUGAAGAGUUCAUGGGACUGUUCAGGCCCGACCAGGUUGACCACCACGAAUAUAGACUGUCAUUGCCCAUAGGCCAGGCCCCGCUGGAUAUGAUCAGCAUCGACAACAUCGGGGACAUCGUGCGGAAGAUCUUCUUCAACCGCGACGUGUACCUCAACAAGACCAUAAGUGUCUGCGGUGACAAGAUCACGAUCAGGGAGAUUGCCCAGAUUCUCACCACACAUCUCAAACCGAAAGUGUUCAAAGAAAAACAGAUCAGUGUGAACGACUACAAGAUGCUGGACUUCCCAGGUGUCCGGGACUGGGCCAACAUGUUCUACUUCUUCAGUCGGGUUGACCAGAGAUACAACGUGGCGUCCUCCCGGCAGAUCAACCCCAGAUUGCUCUCGUUCGAGGACUGGGUUUGUCAAAACAGGGACCUCCUGCACAAGACGCUGUGACUGAGGCAGUGAUAGGGUUGGGGACGUCAAGAGUACUUCACGGGCAUGGGUACAUUUUGUUCCUAAAUCUAAGGAUACCUCCAUGCUUAAGGACGUCUUGCGAUGUUGUCGCUCGUCUUACCAACUAUUCAAGCAAAUGCCUGGUCAAACAAGGAGAUGACGUGUGCGUGACGUGUGUGACGUGUGUCAUAGCCUUGCAGCCGUCUGCUCCACGCACAGCCACUCUGUCUAGGCAAUGGUAAGGUUCGCACAACGUCCACACUCCGUGCAUGGCACACACGCACUGUCAACGGAUUAUACAUACUGUACUUCCUUUAUCAGACGCCCAUCCACCUAUUUAUUUCGCUCAAGCCGCAGACCCCGCGUCUGCAGAGUUUAACGUUGGCACAGUGUCAAAUUUCCACCAUAUGGAAUAUAACUUUUGUUUAUCACACAAAGGCUGUUUUCUGGACACGGUCAUCAUAGAAUGAAGGACAAAUCAUUAGAUUAUUAAAGUGAUUGGAAUUAUUUAUUUCAUAAGAUACUGGACCCGGCUCUUAUCUUUUGGACAGAGCAUGCCACCUGACGUCAAUUUAAGACCAGUGAGAAUUGGAUUACAGCAUCUUAUAGAAGAAAUACCCUAUACAUUGUCAAAUUUAUUCUCGGAGGAUGGAGGAAUUAAGUUUAUGAAUCCCAGGAUGUCUACUGAUGUCGGAUAGUCAAGGUCAACUUUUAACAUGAAGACCAAUGAUCGUGGAGGUACCUAGCUCCUCCUGACUGUAGGCUUUAACCCAACACAUCAGUUAAAUGGGAGUCUCAGCGUUGGAAGAAGCAUGGCAUGCCAACAAAUGCAAUGGAUAUACAACUGAAGGUGUUUGUACAGACGUAUACACUGUUGAUCUACUUGAACUUCCAUCAUUGAUCAGAAAACCUAGAGAUGAUUUACACAAUGCCAUAUAGAAAGUGGUCAAGAAAGUCUACGUCAUUUCUCGUGUAAAGCAGCUUCCAAUUGGGCCUGGGGCUCCUUUCACGAAGCAACCUUUACUAAGGUUAACCUUAAUUCCCAUUCUAUAACAUUGCACUAAGGUUACCUUAGUGACUUACGAUCACCUUAGUGCUUUGUGAAAGGAGGCCCAGGUUCUGUACAGGAGGAUCCUUUUGUUGCGCACGACGACCAGUAAUGCCCCAGAUUUGGGCAUGUAUCGGGGUUACAAUCGGGACUCAUUCAAUCGUGACAUAUGUCAGGGGUGCUUAACUAUGUUCCAUGUGUAUAUAUCAGGAAUGUUCAUGUACCGGCCCGAUAGAUAGGUCCACCUUGGUGGACAAUUGUACAAAGUACAUAAUCAAUUUGCAGCAAUACUUUAAAUCAAAAAUGAAUGACAGUAAUGUCUGUUACUCACCCUGUCAAUCAUCCAACACUGAAAAAUGUUUGUAGCGUGUUGUUGUCUAAGACGAGACUGCGGUAGGAUAUUUUGUGUACUAUAUCUAGUUCAUUUAACCCAAAUCCGAACCUGCAGAAUGGACAGGGGACCUCUGAUUUGAUCAAAACGCCGUCUAUAAUGACUGGAACGGCUACCGGGGCCCACCCUCAGUGUAUGCACAGUAAGAAAGCCAUUCUGUCCCAAGGUUAUGGAGAGAGGUAAUGGUGUUUGAUAUGAAACUCAAAUGCCAAAUUUUACAUUUUAUCUUCAUGAUACUAUAUCGUCACCGUCCAGUAUUACAGCUAUGCUUUAAUUUUGCAAUAUAUUUAUGCGAAUAAAAUGUUUAUGCUUUU